AUCGCCGUAUGUAUGUACACGUUUGAAAGUACAUCUCACAUGUUUCAGCGACGCAUUAAUCGGACAUAAGCAUAUGUACAAAGUAAUGUAUACAUUGAUAAAUGAUAGUGUACUGUAAACCAGUUGUACUGUACAAAAAUAUCGAAUUCAAAGUCCAGAUUCGCUUUUAUGAUACGAAAUUUUUAUCAACUUUAAGGUGUAAUAAAAGCACAAUUUUCUAAGCCGAAAACGCCUUACUGCCGAAUUACACCGAUCAUAAAAACUGCGUUGUUACAGGAGCAAAAUUUCACAACAUGUGCAAAACGAGUUUUUUCAGGGUUGGGUAGGUGUAUUCUUGUAUUUUCACGUUGUCAGAAGCUGUGUGUAUAUGUGACCUCCCCACAUACCUGCGAAAUCGUAUUUAUACGUUAAUGUGUUAACCGUCUACUCACGUGGCUCUUAGUUUAAAACUACGAGGUUCCACCGAGAUUUGAACUCGGAUCGCUGGAUUCAAAGUCCAGAGUGCUAACCAUUACACCACGGAACCGGACGACUCGAUGGCUCCCCCUGCAGGCAACAUUCCGACUGGUCAGAGUAGAUUUUUCUUACGAAAAUACAUUUUGGCUAAUCAAAUGCUGCCAUACAUUAAUUGUAUUGUAUUUGUAUUUGAUUUGAUGUUGGUGGCUCUUCAACUUAUCUUUACUUUGGCGUCGGUGUCCUCGGGAGAAACCACUUUUUGUUUGCGGCCACACAAGGUUAUUUGUGAUUACUUUUCUGCUUUUGCUUACGUUUAAAUGUCCACACAUGUAAAAUGAAUGAAGAUAAAGAUGCUCUAUCUGUUUUGCGUGUCUACGCCAGUACGUCCUUACGUGCCCUCAACUUCUCGAUGUUGCUUUCAAACGCCCUCAGAAAAAGAAGUGCAAUAUUGAUAUAUUGCCCAUUGUUCGUAGCUUCUGUUCAUGAACGCAGCCUUUAGUAACGUUACAGUAACAUAAAAAAAAUACAUAAUUGUAGUAUUUUGGAUUUGCGAAGUAAGACUGCAGUAUCUUUUUAUUCAAGCAAGUUACUCCAGCAGUUACAUGAUCACUCAAGUCUGUUCUAGCAUAAGUCUGUCUAAUAAUAGGUCAUCACAGAUCCACGACACCACAAUAAUACAUUUCGAGUAAUUCAUUUUAAUUAAUUGCGGUUUUAGUGUCGCCGUGUUCGGUGAAAUCUUAUCUCACGGCUGUCAAAUCGACGUUCGGUAUAAAUUCCGAUAUUUCUCAGAGCACUUGAAAGCUGCAUCGUAAUUCUGCGUAUGUAUGGUCUGUGUUUUGCUGAGCAGACGAUGGAGAGAAAUCAUGGUCAUACUGUUGUUAUGACUCUGGGAGGAUGUUGUUGACUUCUGUGUAGACUCACAGUGAUGGAAUAUCCUGUCAGUGACUCCAGCGUCUGUGUGUAUGUGUGUGUUUGAACGAGGCUGCUGCGUUCGCGUCCCGUCGUUACUUUGAGAUGUGGACUAUGGAAUAACAAUAAUAACGGAGCACAGCUGAUGUGAACACACGGUGUCCGCGUUGUGUGUGUCACUGUCGGAGGGCUCAUGAACACGGGAGAUGACAUUCGAGUUAGAUAGUUGCACAGAGAUGGGAAACGACACCGCGCUGCUCCAAAUUCAUCCGCCCGAGUGCAGGAGGAGGAGGAGGGAAGAACCUCGGGCUGAACAUCCUCCGAGCGAAGUCGGUGUUUAGUGAAGACGCACCGUUUUACUUACCCACCCCAAAAACAUCAACAAAAAUCGGUGGUAACUGGUGGUGCAGCUGAUUUAAUUCAUACAUUCCCCGAAGAAAUGUCCUUCACUAUGGAGGAUAAUGUGGAGUCGGGGUGGGUGGCUGUUCGUCCGAACGCGUUCGAGGAGAAGGAGAAGCAUAAAUUCGUGUUUAUUGUGGCGUGGAAUGAGGUGGAGGGCAAAUUUGCCGUUACGUGUCACGACAGGACGGUGCAGCGGAGAAGCUUCGGCAGGGAGAGUCUGGCGGAGGCGACCGGACAAGAUGGGGACCAAACAAAAUGGCCCGAAUUAAGUCCUGCGAGGGACAAAGUGUCGAGGAGCCCCAGCAGAACUGGCAGAACCAAGUCCCACAAAGAGACAAAAUCAAGUCUGGUCAAUAUUCAAACAUUGCUGAGACCCGCAGCGUCCCCCGUCAGUCAUGUAACAGAGGAGCCGCUGUCCCCCUCACUAGACAGCCUGGACCUGGAGGAGCUGGACAGUCUGAGCCGGGAGGACUGCAGCUGGGCCGGACUCUUCUCCUUCCAGGACCUCCGCGCCGUCCACCUGCAGCUGUGCUCGGUCAACUCGGACCUCGAGCCCUGUCUGCCGGUGUUUCCGGAGGAACCGGCGGGGAUGUGGACGGUGCUGUUCGGCUCCGCGGAGGUGCCCGAGACUGAGAUGGACGAGCUGUGCCACAGGCUGCAGGUGUACCUGGGCUACGCGCUCGACACGUGUGGAUGGAAGAUCCUGUCGCAGGUGCUGUUCACGGAAAACGACGACCCCGACGAGUACUACGAGAGCCUGAGCGAGCUGCGGCAGUCCGGGUACGAGGAGUCGCUCAACCGGGCAACGAGACAUCUGCAGGAGCUGCUGGAGAAACACAAGGCCAUGGACAGCAUGGUGGAGCUGCUGAAGCUCUAUGACGAAGAAGACCAGGCCUAUGGAGGUUUGCUGGAGGCCUCCACACAGCUGUACCAGUACCUGCUGCAGCCUUUCAGAGACAUGAGGGAACUAGCAAUGCUCCGCAGACAGCAGAUCAAGAUCUCCAUGCAGAACGACUACCUGGGCCCGAGGAGGAUCGAGGCUCUGAAUAAGGAAGACUCAGACUGGCAGAAGAAAGCUCAGGAGGCGGUCCUCAACAUCCAAGAGUUCACCGUCAAGUACUUUGAGAUCACGGCCAGAGCCCAGAAAGGCGUGUACGAGCGCAUGAAGGUGGAUCAGCGUAAGUUUGGUAAAUCCUCGUGGACGGCGGCGGUGGAGCGCAUGGAGAGGCUGCGCUACACCGUCGCCAAGGAAACUCUGCAGCUCCAGAGAGCCAGGGAGAUUUGCCUGGAGCAGAGGAAACACACACUCCGAGAUGAGAUGCAGAGUCUGUGUAGCAGUGAAGAUGCCAUCGCCCUCUUAGACUACAUGGAGACUCAGUACUAUGAACUCCAGCUGCAACUGUACGACAUCCAGGCAGAUAUACUACAGUGUGAAGAGCUGCUGCUCACUGCUCAACUGGACAGCAUCCGCAGGCAAAUGACAGCCAGCAGGAUCGGGUCACGAUCACUGAAAACAGAGCACCAGGAUGAAGUGGUGUACUAUGACACCUUUGAAAGUGCAGAUGAUAUUACAGAGGAUGACUCUGCUGAGAGGGAAGAGCUGCGCAGACUUCAGGUCAGCGCUCGACAGCUGGAGGCCAGAAGGGGGCGCAUCACCGCCAAACGCUCCUACCUGAGGAAGAAGAAGGAGAUCUGUGUGUCCAACCACUUUCAGAAACAGCAGACGCAUCAAUCCAUCCACAAAGAUUGUCAACAGCUCCUACAGCUGAAAAAUGUAGAAGAGGAAGAUGAGGAGAGGAGGAGCAGUCGAGUAAGUCAGGAGAGACAAAAGACUCUGGACAGACUGCGCACGUUCAAACAGCGGUAUCCAGGUCAGGUGAUUCUGAAGUCCACUCGACUACGUGUGGCCCACGCCAGGAGAAGAGAGCGAGGACGGAGCAUGGAAACCAGCGAGAGGGAGGAGUAUGUGCAGACCAAGGGACAUCCGCUGUGCCUGAGCACCAGCGUGCAGACGGAACCCAGCUCCACACUCACCACUCAGCCCGUCAGGUCCCUGAAAGUAUGCCUCCCUCCGCUGCCUGUGUCCAGUCCUGCAGACUCCUCCUGCUCUCCCUGCUCCCUCUCGUCGCUGCUGGCGUCCCCCAUCUCUCCUCCACCUCCACCGCCGCCUCCACCUCCCCUACCGGUCAGGGAGGAUCUUUCACCUUCCGGGAGCCCGGGCUGGCACGGGCAGAAGUCUGAGGGGAAGAGUGCAGAAGAAGAACGGUCCUUGUCUCCACUCGGCCCUUUCAUCCCUCGCUUCUUUGAUAGCAGCCAACUGCUGAGCGCCCGCAAGAAGCUGAGGAAAACUCCAGAGUUUGACACGCACAGACGAGUCAGCUCACCUAUGGACGAGGUGCUGGCCUCCCUGAAGAGAGGAAGCUUCCACCUGAAGAAGGUGGACCAGCGGUCUCUGCCUCCCGCUCAGGGCGACGACGAUGCAAACAGCAUCCUGGCUCAGAUUCGCAAGGGCGUCAAACUGAGGCGCGUUCCCCAUAUAGAGAGGAAAGACCAGGGUGAGCUCCCGGCCUCCACUGACCCUCUGACCAGGAGCAUUCACGCGGCACUGCGCCGCAUCAAGGAGGCCUCACCGGAAUCUGACUCUGAUGACGAGGUGCUCGCCGGCCCUGAAUGGGACAGUUAGAGCUCAAGGCGCACACACUAACACACACACACACACACACACAAACGCCUGCCCCCUCUGGCACUGCAUGCACUGCAACAUAGCGAGCUGCUCUGUACUGUAAACACACACACACACAUAUACUGUUCCUCACUCAUUCAUAUACACACAGCUCCUCGUGCCAGGGUCUGAGUCAUACUGAAGAUCAACAACUCACCAAAGGAUCUGAAAGGUCUGUGGUCAUCGUGUUAGUUUUUCACACUGCAUUCAUCACAGUGAAGGACACCAGUUUGUGUUUUAAUUCUACUGUAAUGUCACUGUGGUUUUGUUCCUGUGAUCAUGUACUGUAAUGAUGCCAUU